UGGCGCGCUGCAGUUUGGCGCCCGGCGUCUCAGCGGCCCCUUGCCGUGGAAGCUACCUUGCUCCGUGUCACCGUGGCAACUCGCACGGCAGUUUCCGGAGGCGUUGGCCGAGGAACACCAUUUGGAACCCCGAGCUCCUGGGACCCUUUGGCAGCUGGGGCCUGGAAGCAGCGGAACCAAAGGCAGACGGUCCUCUGUUGCUGGGGCGGACGUGGGCCCAAUCUGUCCGUUCUCGCAAGUUUCCCCCAGGGCUGGGACUUGUGCGGGCGGCAAAUUCAGGUUCUCUGUCACCGUUGUGGUCGUCGCAGGCCCGAGUUAGAGGCCAACUGAGAAAUCUUCGUGCCUCAGAUUUGUUGAUCUACAGAAUGCUUCAAUACCCAUAUUUUUGUAGAAUCUAUAAAAAAUUUCUUUCGUGCUGGUUGGAAUCUGGCAUAUUUAAUUUGGGUGUCUGGCCAAAAAAAAUACAUGCUACAGCAGAAAGAUAUAAUGAAUAUGAAGCCCAGGAGCAAACAGAUCAAACUGGAGCUCAGGAGUUACAAGACAGAGAUUCUGAAGCGAUGACUAAAUUACAUAUUCCAGUGAUGGUGGAAGAAGUUGUUCGUUGUUUGGCACCACAAAAAGGGCAGAGUAAAUGCCUCCAACACGUUCAUCUGUUGUCAAGUGGAGUUAUUUUACCUAACGUACAGGCCGUGUUUUUUCUAGAUAUGACAUUUGGUUCAGGAGGACACACGAGAGCUAUUCUACAGAAGGAGUCAGAUAUUACUCUGUAUGCCUUAGACAGAGACCCAACAGCUUAUGCAAUAGCUGAACAGCUUUCAGAAUUGUACCCUAAACAGAUCCGAGCCAUCCUGAGCCAGUUCAGCCAGGCAGAAGCCUUACUAAUGAAAGCUGGAGUGCAGCCAGGGACUUUGGAUGGAGUUCUUUUGGAUCUUGGGUGUUCCUCCAUGCAACUUGAUGCCCCUGAAAGAGGUUUUUCCCUUCGGAAGGAUGGCCCCUUGGACAUGAGAAUGGAUGGUUGCAGGUACCCUGACAUGCCCACCGCAGCUGAUGUUGUGAACGCUUUAGAUCAACAGGCACUUGCAUCCAUCCUGAGAACAUACGGGGAGGAGAAGCACGCCAAGAAAAUCGCUUCAGCAAUCGUUCAGGCACGCAGCAUCUACCCCAUCACCAGAACCCAGCAGCUUGCCAGCAUUGUUGCAGGUGCAUUUCCUCCCUCUGCUACUUAUGCACGAAAAGACUUGCUACAACGAUCUACCCAUAUCGCUACCAAGACUUUCCAAGCUGUUCGCAUAUUUGUGAACAAUGAGCUCAAUGAACUUUACACAGGACUGAAGACAGCUCAGAAGUUUCUGAGACCUGGUGGUCGCCUUGUUGCCCUCUCCUUCCAUUCACUGGAGGAUCGCAUCAUCAAACGAUUCCUGCUUGGGAUAAGCAUGACAGAAAGGUUUAACCUAAGUGCUAGACAGAAGGUGAUACAAAAAUCACAGUUGGAUUCAGAUCAUGAAAACACGGAAGGAGUCUCUAUAGGAAGGGCCCCUUUAAUGUGGAAAGUGAUGCAUAAGAAGGUGCUUACUCCGGAAGAUCAAGAUGUCCAAGAUAACCCCAGAGGACGCUCAGCCAAGCUUAGAGCAGCUAUCAAAUUAUGAGAAAGUUAUCAUCAUCUGAUUCUUCAAGUUCUUCCUCACAGUUUCUCGUGUAAUAUUCCUGAACAGCCUAAUAUAAGAAAGUGUGGGAUAUAUAGAGAUAUGUACUAUAUAUGUGUGGAAAUAAGGGGUAUUUAGCAUUUUUUUCUCAAAAAGAAAAUGUAGGAAAUAUUAGCAUGACACAGAUAGCUCAAUUCAAGAUGCAGCAGUGUCUCAAAACUGGAAAAAUUGUUUAUCUUAGCAUUAUAUUUGACUUUUGAAAUGCAGUCCUUUCUCUAACCAGGAAAUUUUUUUAAAAAGAAGAAGAAGAAGGAGAAGAGAAGAAUAUGUGUAUUUACUUAACUAUGUAGAUUCAAGCUGUCAAAAGAGAGAUUAUAAUUAUAUCUGCAUGCCCAAAUUCUGAAUUUAGAUAUUCAGAUUUGCAACAGACUGUCUAUAACUCAAAUAAUUAAUAAUGAUCAUAAAAUGAAUUUUAAUUUUCCUACUUGGGAAUAAUUAAUUACUGCUAUAGCUUUCUCAAAUAUAGGCACUAUGAAAAUUUAAAAUAUUCAAGUAUUAUUUUAAAAAUACAUUAUACUGAUAAAUUUCAUUACUGAAAUUACAGUGUUCAUUGUUUUAAAGGGAUUUUUCAGUAUGAUAUGUGCCAUGUUUUCAUAUAUUAGCAACUAAAAAUGUAGAAUUGCUCUAAUAGCUCUCACAGAGAAUGUUUCACAAAGCCUAUAUUUAAAGUCAAUUGUGUUUAUUUUAAUAAUAGCCCAGAAUGCUUUUGAUAAAUAAAAAUCUCUCAUCAUUUGAAUCCUGCAAUUUUAAA